CCCCCCCCGCCAUUCAUGCGUCCGCUCUACCCGUCGCGCUCCGCUCGCUGGUCCGUCCGUGCCCGGGUGACCCGCCGUCACGUGACAGGCUCCAGAGGCGGAAGCGCUCGGGAGCCGCGCCGGCAGCCGCAGCCAGAAGCCCCGCGGGGCCCGGAGGUCGCAGCGGCCGCGUCGCUCCGCAGGGCUGAUGAUGCGAUGGCCUCGGAGGGGCUUGCUGGGGAGAAAUCUCCGCUCACCGUGAAAGUUGUUUCAGCCAAGCCCAAGGCCCAGGGCCGCCAACCUCGCAUCACCUCCUUCGUGGAGGUCGUAGCAGACGGACUCGCCAGCGAGGCCAAGAAAACGGGCAGGCAGACCGGGAGCUCCGAGCUGCUCUGGAAUGAGAGCCUGGUGCUGAACGUCACUUCUCAAAGCCGCCUGGAUCUGAAGCUCUGGAGCUGCCACACCCUGCGCAAUGAGCUGCUGGGAGUGGCGUCCGUCAGCCUCUCCAGCGUGCCGAAGCAGAGCCAGGGGAAAGUGGAGACCAAGCCGAUGACCCUGAACCUGCAGGCCGAGAACAAAGGCGGCCUCCUCUCGGGCGGUGAGCUGACCGUCUUCCUGGAUGGGCCUGGCAUUGAGGCGGGCAGCCUGACUAAUGGCGUUGUCGCAGCAGACGAAGGACCGCAGGGAGCCAGGAGGGAGUCCGGGGGCCCAGCUGCAUCCUCGGAGAACAGGCCCCAGGCCCCCAGCACAACCUGUCUUGGUGGCUGGUCCAGAGUCCCCGGGUCGGCAGCGGAAGCCCCCAGGCAGAAUGUGACCCCCCUGGAGCAGAGACCAAGCCUGAAGAUCCAGUCUCCGCAGCUGGGCAGAGGCCAGGAGGACAGCCAGGGCACGGCAGGGAACGGAGAGUCCGAGAGCCCUGCAGCCGAGGCCGAGGAGGAGCCGGCUGGGGCCCCGGAGGUGCCCCCCCAGCCCAGCAGGGCUCAGCCCCCCGCAGAGGCCGAGGAGGCAGGCCCAGGUGUCCAGGCCUCCCAGGCAGCAGUCCAGGCGCUGGAGACUCUGCCAGCCGGUUGGGAGCAGCGGGAGCUGCCUAACGGGAGGGUCUACUAUGUGGACCACAACACCAAGAGCACCACCUGGGAGCGCCCCCUGCCGCCAGGCUGGGAGAAACGUGUGGACCCCCGUGGCAGGUAUUACUUUGUGGACCACAACACACGCACCACCACGUGGCAACGCCCCACUGCUGAAUACGUGCGCACCUACGAGCAGUGGCAGAGCCAGCGCAACCAGCUCCAAGGCGCCAUGCAGCAGUUCAGCCAGAGGUUCCUCUACCAGUCCUCCGGCACGGCUGCGGACAAUGACCCCUUGGGCCCGCUUCCUUCUGGCUGGGAGAAGCGGCAGGACAACGGGCGAGUGUACUACGUGAACCACAACACCCGCACCACCCAAUGGGAAGACCCUCGCACACAGGGGAUGAUCCAGGAGCCGGCACUGCCCCCUGGCUGGGAGAUGAAGUACACGAGCGAGCGGGUGCGGUAUUUCGUGGACCACAACACCCGCACCACCACCUUCAAGGACCCCCGACCCGGGUUCGAGUCUGGGAGCAAGCAGGGCGGCUCCCCUGGCGCUUAUGACCGGAGCUUUCGCUGGAAGUUUCACCAGUUCCGCUUCCUUUGCCACUCCAACGCCCUCCCCAGCCACGUCAAGAUCAGCGUCUCGCGGCAGACGCUCUUCGAGGACUCCUUCCAGCAGAUCAUGAACAUGAAGCCCUACGACCUGCGGCGCCGGCUGUACAUCAUCAUGCGUGGAGAGGAGGGCCUGGACUACGGGGGCAUUGCCCGCGAGUGGUUCUUCCUCCUCUCCCACGAGGUGCUGAACCCCAUGUACUGCCUCUUCGAGUACGCCGGCAAGAACAACUACUGCCUGCAGAUCAACCCUGCCUCCUCCAUCAACCCUGACCACCUCACCUACUUCCGCUUCAUUGGCCGCUUCAUCGCCAUGGCACUCUACCACGGCAAGUUUAUCGACACGGGCUUCACGCUGCCCUUCUACAAGCGGAUGCUGAACAAGCGCCCCACCCUCAAGGAUCUGGAGUCCAUCGAUCCCGAAUUCUACAACUCCAUCACCUGGAUCAAGGAGAACAGCCUGGAGGAGUGCGCCCUGGAGCUCUACUUCAUCCAGGACAUGGAGAUCCUGGGCAAGGUGACCACCCACGAGCUGAAGGAGGGAGGGGAGAACCUCCGGGUCACUGAGGAGAACAAGGAGGAGUACAUCAUGCUGCUGACGGACUGGCGGUUCACCCGGGGUGUGGAGGAGCAGACCAAGGCCUUCCUGGACGGCUUCAACGAGGUGGCCCCUCUGGAGUGGCUGCGCUACUUUGACGAGAAGGAGCUGGAGCUGAUGCUGUGCGGCAUGCAGGAAAUCGACCUGAGCGACUGGCAGAAGAACACCAUCUACAGGCAUUACACCAAGAGCAGCAAGCCGAUCCAGUGGUUCUGGCAGGUGGUCAAGGAGAUGGACAACGAGAAGCGAGUCCGGCUCCUCCAGUUUGUGACCGGGACCUGCCGCCUGCCUGUCGGAGGAUUCACGGAGCUCAUUGGCAGCAACGGACCCCAGAAGUUCUGCAUUGACAAAGUGGGCAAAGAGACCUGGCUGCCCCGAAGCCACACCUGCUUCAACCGGCUGGAUCUGCCUCCCUACAAGAGCUACGAGCAGCUGAAGGAGAAGCUGCUUUAUGCCAUCGAGGAGACGGAGGGAUUCGGGCAGGAGUGAGGGGAGCCUGGAAGGAGCCCGAGAAGAGCCAUCCUGCCUGCCAGGAAGGACGGAAUCCUGGGCCGCACAGCACGGAGGGAUUGUCUCGGGGACCCCUGUAGAGGAAGGCCCCCCUCCUGCAAGGCUCGGAUCCCAGAGCCGCCCCCCCCGCCCCCCCACAUCGCACUUCCCUGGCAUCCCAGCCUCUAUCAUGGGCACUUUGGGUCUCGUGCAGGCCCACCUCUCCCCACCUUGGGUCCAGCUGCUCCGGCCAGGGCCUUUCCUCACCCCCAGAGCACUUGAGUCGUCCCCGUCCCCACCCCGCCCCAGACAGCAUGCCCAAGCUCCCGCCAGGCUGGCCCCGAGGCCUUCCCUCUCGGCCGCUGAGCUCCUGCCAGUGGCUGCGCUCCAGCUUGGCAUGGGAAGAUGCGGCUCAGGGCAACCCUCCCCGUUUCCAGAUGGGGCCCGGCAACCUUGGCUCCUUUGCAGUCCAGCUCUUGUUGUCUCUGGAGAGCCCAGGCAAGAGGCAGGCCUGGAGCCUGGCCACAGCAGGCCCCGGGAAGCAUCCUGGCUUGCCUGUCCCCAAAGGCAGGCAGCACCAGGGACAGUCGACGGCCUUCCUUGUGGCUGAUCUGCGUGCGAAUGUCUGGAUUCCGAUGGCCCCAGCCUGAGCUUGUGGCUGGAAAGCUAGAGGGUUACCCAGCAGGGGCCACUCCGGUCCCAGGAAGGGCGGGCUUGUGCAUCUUAAUGCUCUUGGAGCGGCCCUUGGCCUCCACAGAGGGUGUGUAUAUGAAUGUGUAUAAAAACAUAUAUAUGUGAAUAUAUAAAUGUGUAUAUAAAUGCUCUGGACACCAAGAAUUGCAAUAGCUUUGGAUGGGAUCCUCAGUAGUUUUGUACUGCACCAUCUGCCUCAGUGAUGCCGCCUCUUGUGCAAUAAACUAUCUGCAGCUG